AUGGGGAUUAAGGAGUGCACUGGUUGUGAUGAACACCAGAAUAGCACAACCUUCAGACAUUUUGACGUCUACCUCAACUUCACCGAAGUAACAAUAUCAACAUUGAAGAUACUUUGUAUUUUCCUGACCUUUGUCUUCACUGUGUCUUGUGGUCCAUCAGUUUCACAGAAAAAAACAAAAGAAGAUGUAGACAGAAAAAGAGAAUGUUACCUUGUCCGUGGUUCCUGCAAGACUUCAUGCAACAGUUGGGAAUACAUAUAUAAUUACUGCAAUACUGAGCCCUGCUGUGUUGUAUGGGAUUACCAAAAGCCAGUCACUAAACACAUCACUACUAGUUCAUACAGUGUAAAUGAUAAGUCCACUAUACCACACAAAAUUAAAUUGUAA